CAAACAACGUGGGAUCCACUGAACAACAGCCUUUUACAGCAGCAGCCACCUCUGAUUAAAAUUGUCAGCUUCAUCAGACUGCACCAAGACCCAGGACUGCUCCCCUGAGGGAAGAGAGGACCAAGCAAUGAUGAAGACUAUGUCUGGUGGGAACUGCACCCUGAAUGUGCCAGCCAAGAACUCGUACCGCAUGGUAGUGCUGGGAGCCUCCAGGGUGGGGAAAAGCUCCAUCGUCUCCCGCUUCCUCAACGGCCGGUUUGAGGAUGCAUACACUCCGACCAUAGAGGAUUUUCAUCGCAAGGUCUACAACAUCCGGGGGGACAUGUAUCAGCUGGACAUCCUGGACACCUCUGGGAAUCACCCUUUUCCUGCUAUGAGGAGGCUUUCCAUCCUGACAGGGGAUGUGUUCAUCCUGGUAUUCAGCCUGGACAAUAGAGAAUCAUUUGAUGAGGUCAAACGGCUCCAGAAACAGAUCCUUGAGGUCAAAUCCUGCCUGAAGAACAAAACCAAGGAAUCAGCUGACCUCCCCAUGGUGAUCUGUGGUAACAAAAAUGACCACAGUGAAAUCUUCCGCAAGGUGCGCACUGAUGAAGGUGAGAAUCUUGUCUCCAGCGAUGAAAACUGCGCUUACUUUGAAGUGUCAGCCAAGAAGAACACCAAUGUGGAUGAGAUGUUCUAUGUCCUCUUCAGCAUGGCCAAGCUACCUCAUGAGAUGAGCCCUUCCCUUCACAGGAAAAUCUCCAUCCAGUAUGGUGACACUUUCCAACCGAAAUCCUUCCGGAUGCGCCGAGUCAAGGACAUGGAUGCCUAUGGCAUGAUCUCACCCUUUGCUCGCCGGCCAAGUGUCAACAGUGACCUGAAGUAUAUCAAAUCAAAAGUUCUCAGGGAAGGUCAGUCCAGGGAGAGGGAGAAAUGCACGAUCCAGUGAAGAGGGUUUGCGCUUCUGUCUGAAGUCAUCAUCCACUUGCAGUGCCUUAAAGAAGAAAUGGUCCGUGGAAGCACAGAAUGGGCUCAUGGGGUUUAUUGAGAAAACCCAAUGUGAAGAAAGGAUAACUCUUCCUGUGGAUUCUGCUGAGUCACAGAUGUAAAUAACAUCAUCCUUGAAAAUGACUGGGGAAAAGCAUAUGCCUGAGAUACAAGUGCAUUUUUUGGGCUUUGUAAUGUAGUUCCUCUUCAUUCCCCUUUUUGUUUAAAGAAUACAGGCCUGAGAAGUAGACAUUUCAACCUCAUCCUCACAAAGAAAAUAGGUCAAAAAUGCACAGAAGGCAUGAACAGUUACUCAG